AUGCUGGCCAGAAAGGGUUUGGUGCCGGACGGCUUCCUUCUGACGCGGCUGGCGGAGGAGCGGAACCAACCGGGCCGGAACCGCCUACGCUGCCGGCGAGCGCGCUUCAUCACCAAGACGGGUUCCUGUAACGUGGCCCACAAGAACAUCAGGGAGCAAGGCCGCUUCCUGCAGGACGUCUUCACCACCAUGGUGGACCUCAAGUGGCAGCACUCGCUCCUGAUCUUCACCUCGGCCUUCCUGUGCUCGUGGAUGCUCUUCGCCAUGGUCUGGUGGCUGCUGGCCUUCGCCCACGGAGAUCUGGAGCCCGGCCGACGCGAGCCCCGCCCUCCCUGCGUCACCGCCAUCAACUCCUUCACCUCCGCCUUCCUCUUCUCCAUUGAAGUCCAGGUGACCAUUGGUUUCGGCGGCCGCAUGGUGACGGAGGAGUGCCCGGCGGCCAUCAUGGUCCUGAUCGUGCAGAACAUCCUGGGCCUGAUCAUCAACGCCGUCAUGCUGGGUUGCGUCUUCAUGAAGACGGCGCAGGCCAACCGGCGGGCCGAGACGCUCAUCUUUUCCAGGAACGCCGUGGUGGCUCCUCGCAACGGACGGCCGACCUUCAUGUUCCGGGUGGGCGACCUCCGCAAGAGCAUGAUCAUCUCGGCCACCGUGCAGCUGCAGGUGAUCCGGCGUACGGUGACGUCGGAGGGCGAAGUCAUCCCGGUGAGCCAGCUGGACAUCCAGGUGGAGAACCCGCUGAGGAGCAACGGCAUCUUCCUGGUGUCGCCGCUCAUCGUCAGCCACACGCUGGAGAGAGGAAGCCCGCUCUACGACCUGUCCGCUCAGACGCUAGCCACCGCCGACAUCGAGGUCAUCGUCAUCCUGGAAGGCGUAGUGGAGACGACGGGCAUCAGCAUGCAGGCGCGCACUUCGUACACGCCGGACGAGAUCUUGUGGGGGCGCCGUUUCGUGUCCAUCGUGAGCGAGGAAGACGGCCGCUACUGCGUGGACUACUCCAAGUUCGGAAACACGCUCCCCGUGCGCAUGUCGUCGCUCAGCGCCAAGGAACUGGACCAGACGCGGGGCGGACCCGAGGGCGCUGCCGCGGCCGCCGCCUCGCAACCGCAAGGCUGGGGUCUGGUGCGGGCCGGCAGGGGAGGCUUUCGAAGGGGUGGCCGCACCUGCCACGACGGCGCCGCCGCCCGGCCGUGGUACGACCCCGCCGAGGGGGAGGAAGAAAUCAAAUGA